AUGCCUUCUACAGCCGUCACAUCACCAGCACCCUCCUCCUCCACGACGCAUAGCCCUGCAAAUACAAAUAGAACAGCUUCUUCCAGUACAUCACCCACUGUCACCCGUGCUAGUGCUGCUACGGGCAAUACAGCUUCCCAUCAUCCAAAAAAGACUCGCUCGACAAAGCCAAAGUUAUUCCAAUGUACAGGCUUUGGUGACUGUCAUAUGGUCUUUACUCGCUCAGAACAUUUAGCAAGACAUACUCGUAAGCAUACGGGAGAGAAACCUUACUUGUGCAUUGUACCUGGCUGUACGAGAAGAUUCAGUCGUUUUGAUAAUAUGAUGCAACAUACACAAACCCAUAAAGCUACACGUAGUAAACGUAGUCAAGCAAUCAACUAUGAUGAAAGUAACAGUAGUUGUGGCAGUCAUAAGAUGGCUGUUCAUCAACUGUGUGCUAAACCUCAACAACCACCAUUAAAAGAACUUCAUUUAACACAAGCUGAAUUUGAAGCAUUACAAGGUUUUGGAAGAUUCAAACAUACACCUGUCUUUAUUGACUCUUUUAGAGAUUUGGCUUCUGUCGUCUACAUUGAACCAAAUCCUGUCCGUCCUUAG